AUGAGCUUGAUCGACGCCGUCUUUUUCGACAAAAAUUUUAAUGUGCAGCGGUACAUGCUGCGAUAUGUUGUCGGUGCGGCAACAGACGAGCUCCGCCACCAGCAGCUUUUAAAGGUGAAAAAGUAUCGCACCAUGGCCGACAAUCAAAUUGAUGGAGUCAUCGACCAAAGUUUUGUCAAUUUUAACACCAGUCUCGCUCACUUUACCGCCAUCUCGAAUCAACUUCAAGACACCCGGGAUAAGUUGCUAGAAGUCCAGAAACGAGCGACUGACGGACGAACGAUUUUGGGCUCUAAAGCUAAGAAUUUACGCGAAUUGUUGCUUCAGAAAUAUGAGGCCAAAAAGGUGAUCGCUAUAAUCAAUGACAUCGAAUGCAUUGAGACUGCGCCGGGAAAAAUCAACAUGUUAAUGCAUCAACAAAAGUUUUUGGAGGCGGUUGAGACGUUUGCAGAUGCACUAGGUUUGGUUUUUAGUGAACAGCUCGUAGCUUUUCACGCUGCGACUGGACUGCGCAACGACCUCAUGGAAUGCAAGCAAACAAUCGAAGACCGACUGGUCCAUGAGCUUCAGCAAGCGAUCUAUCUCAAGAGGGCUUUUGCCAACAUCGCAUCACGUACAAAUCAAUACUCAUUGGCGGCGAUCGAACAUGAGCUAAAGAACGAGGCAUAUCUCGACCAUGAAUUCGAUACGCUUAUGUUGCAAGUGUCCAAUGAAAAUGUUACUGGUGGACAAAGUCGAUCAAGUUGUGUUGCUGUCACUCCUCUGCCAACAAUUAACGCAAUACAGACUGUUAUCGGUGCCGUGAAAAAAUUGCAUCGUGAACGAGAAGUGAUUGGCACGUUAAAGAAUUCCAUUCAGCCUGAGCUCGAUGUCGUGGUAGCAGAGAUCACGCGUCUUUGCAGAGGUAUUUUCAACAGUAGCAAUAGCACUUCGUUCGCAGAUGCAUUUACCGAAGCAGCUUUUGGCAUCUAUGACCACUCUAGAGAUUUUAAAAUAUUUCUGCGUCUACUCUUUACCGCAUUACGUCGUGUUGCCCAGCGACACUAUCUUGUCGCUAAAUACUUCGAAGUUGAUGGUGAAAAGUGGGACUACGGCAUGCUUGAGGUGCUUUCUAAAAUUUCUGGCGUUCUCGAGUGUAUUGUAUGCGAAUAUCUUGAUGAGACCUCGUUUCACAACCCAGCGCUCAAACCAUCGACAGUUUCUUCCAGUGACACGGAAAGACUUUUCAUGUUGAGUCGUAACAAACAAGCAACUCAACAAAAGCUAAGUGAGGCCAGCUCUUUGACAGCAAAACGCUGUCGCCUUGUAUGUGACCCAAGUGUCUUUCACUUGCCCGAGGCGUAUGAGGAAUUGGAUCGCAUUAGCAAAGAUCUCCAUCAACUUUUUCAUGCCAGCUCCGUAAAGUCACUGUCGCGAUCAUUUUCUGGAUUUACAGCUUUUCUAAGCAGCUUUAUUGUUCAAAAGUGGAUUCCACAGGUCAAAACAAAGGCGCAGCAAUUUUUAGCCGCGAAAGCGCGAGCUACUACGCCAACUUGCCACCUUCCUAUUCCAUCGGACACUAGCUACCAACCGCCUAGUAUCGAUAGUUUGCUUCAUGUGAUUGAAAAUGUUCGCAUAAUGAUGACCAAGAUGCCACUUCACGCAUCUGACCUCUCCAGUGUCCUCGAGACCUCCAUCUCAAGCUGGCUAGAAGAAUGCGCUGAAAUUGUUCGAGAUAUUCGAGAACAGACGAUAAACUACCAACAGUUGCAGAAUCAAAAUGCUACUUAUGCUGACUUAGCUGCUCUUUUUCACGAGUACGAAGGAUAUCAACGGGCAAAACAAGGCAGUCCAAUUCCACAUUAUCAUUCCAAAGUACUACCAACCCAAUUGACAAUUAAUGCAAUUACUGGGAAUCAAUCAAGUACUGAAGAACGGAUAGCGGCUAGAGAAAUAGAGCUUGAGAGUGAUCUUUACGAUCCCGAUUUUUGGAUGCAAGGCACAAAGGGCUUACUUAUGGACAAUGCGCGCGUCGGUAUGCUAGGUUAUGCUAACAGCGCAUGCGAUCUUAUUGCUAUCUAUCUCCAACGUAUAGGACGAGGUCCGGAAGCAACAGAUAAAUCGCAGACAACCCCAAUCCUGACCUCACCAGCACUAUCAAUGGCACUUCAAACUGCGAGCUGGCAGUGCAGCGCUCUAGCUGACGAAUGUCUUGUAUUCCUGCGUCGCGAGGUGCGUCUGCACUGCUGCUAUUAUCUUAAGCAGCUCGUUUCGCUGCGAUUCGAUAUGGAAGAAGGUUACUCGACCAUGGCCCAAGAAAGCGUCUUAACACUCAACCUGAAUUUGUCUUCGAUUGAGACUGUAUUGCAGCCGUACUUGUCGAGUGACAAGAUGACCAUGAUAUUUGAUGGAGUAGAACAGCUGCUGUCUCGUCUAUUAAUCGGCAACCUUGCUCAAAUGACGAACUGCACGUUUACUCGAGGAGGAGUUCAGCAGAUGCUGCUCAAUAUUGGGGCUCUUCGCCAAGGUCUGACCGGUACUUUAUACUCGUAUCCCCGUGGCGCGUCAUUAUCAACUGCAUUAUCGAUAUCUUCGCGUUUAGAACAUGCUAAGCGAUACUAUCAGUUACUCAAUCUGUCUGAAACACAGCUUGAGAUGUUCCUCUUGGCAAAUCGUGCUGCGUACUCACACGAGGAUUUUCGAGCUCUAUGGCACGUGCAUGCUCCGCACCGUCUCCUCACAAAGGGAAGCGUGAAUAAACUUGAUAGCAUUUUGAGGUAA